CAAGUCAAAAUAAACAAAAAGCUUGAAGCUUUAAUCAAUACCUACAGUGCCUAGGUACUAACUGAAAUAAAACAAAUAAAUAAUUCCAAGGAAGUAUUAAAUUGAGCAGUCACCGAAAUAAACAUUAAGGCAAUGGAUGAAAGUCAAGACGAAAGCACUAGCGCAAACGUUCCACGACAAAGAAGCCCUGUGUUUGCCAAAGAAGAGGUUAAAGUGCUUCUUGAUAUUAUCAAUGAAUUCAAAGAGUAUAUUUUAAAUAAAUCCACUACUUCCUCUGCCACUCAUGCUAAGGAAGUUGCUUGGGUGAAAAUAGCUAACAAGUUUAAUAGCCAUGGCUUUAAAAAUGUUCGAACUAUUGAUGCACUGAAAUGUAAAUGGAAAAAUCUUGUCAAGGAUGUAAAGAAACACUCAAAAAACUUAACGGAUGUGAAUCAGGCAGAGUGUGAUGAGUUUUCCAGUCAAGUGUUGAGCCUCAUGCAUGAUGAAGACAAUUAUAAUAAUGAAAUUGAAUUACCUCCUGACUUUGAAGAAGUUUUUAAAGAAAUAGAGCAGCAUAAUAAUGAAGCUAUAAAAAAAAAAGAAUAUUGGAAUGGAGAUGCUUGUAAAGAUGAUGCUUCUUGCGUUGACGAUGUAAUGGUCAUGAGAAAUAGAUCAAUGAACUUCUCACCUGAAGAGAGCAGACUUCUACUGAAAUGUGUGCAAGCUGAAAAGAAAUAUAUUUUGUCCAGAGACCUAUCGUCAAAAGCCCGUCGUAUGAAAAAUGCUGCGUGGGCAAGGAUAACUGUAGAAUUUAAUAAGACGAGUCCGGAAAAAAGGAGCAUGAAGGUAUUACAGGGAAAAUUUUCAAAUAUGAAGCGAGAGAGUAAGAGAGGAGGUCGUAAGAGAUUUGUAAAAAGCAAUGAAGAAAAACAUGUUAAAUUGAUUCAUGAAAAUUUUAGUGCAGAGCGAAAAAUUAAAAAUGAGCCAUUAUUUGAACCUGAAGAUGAAGAAAUGAAUGAUAAAAGUGACAGUGAUGAUAAUUACCAUAUAAACGUGAGGAGAAACGUCAAGGUUGAAGGUCCAGACCCAUUGUGUACUGUGCUCAAUAGCGAUUCUGGUCUAGGUUCGUCAAUGAAUAUUGGCACAUUUAAUCCCUUUGAGAACAAUGACGUGGCCAAGUUAAAAAUGGAACUGUUGAAAUACAAAAUCGAAAAUGCCAAGUUGAAAAGGACAAGAAUAGAGAAUGCAUUACGAGAAGAUGCGCAAGCCAUAGAGGUGAAUGCAAUAGAGAGGGCAUUGCGUUUACGAGCUGCGAGAUUGGAAGUCGCCGCGGCCGAGCUGAAGUUGCCUUCCUCCCACCCUACUCUAGUGUACACUACGGCGGAAGCCGCCGCAGAAUCCUACCUCAAACAGUACCAGACAUGAGGAGUAGAGAUUUGUCAUGUAUUUUGGUUUUAAGUGAAGAUAAAUUAGUAUGUGAGUGUAGAUAUCGACAGGAUAUUCACGAACUAGAGUGUUAAGUUAAAAUAAGGUAAUUUAAUCAAUCUUCUGAAAAGAAAUAAUUCCAAUUGCGAUUUUUUAUGCUAUGAAUAAAAAUUGGUCAUUA